CCGAAUAGCAAUACAUGUUGCACCACCAAAGGCUAGUCUUGCGAUCAAACUGACUGUUGAUUUUUAACUCUUACUCCCUCCAGGAGAAGGUGCAUGGGAAUCAAUGGAAGCAGCCUAAGCACUCUGCGAGAAUUAAAUCCCAUCGUACCACCUUCAUAGUCGCUCCGUUGAACGGCACUGGCGCUGGCAAGGUUAGAGAGCUACAUAGUCUAGAUUGCGUUGGUUUUCUGGAGCUCGAGACGUUGUAAUUCAAAUCUGCAAGGAAGAAAAAAAACAGUCAUCAGAACUGCGUAUCUAAAAGCAGUAGCAAAUAAAGAAACGCUGCUUGAAAAGAAAAGAAAGAAAGGAAACUGGAAACUGGAAAUGUCCCUGAAGCAAGCUGAAAAUAAUCGAUCGGAAGACAUAGAGGCCCCACCGAAUCCGAACUCGCCGAAUCAUUCGACAUCAUCAUCCAAGGCCUCUUCGCCGCUCCCGGGAAGUCCAGACCAGAUCCUACAGACUCGAUUACUCCGACCCACUUCUCCGGAUCGCCAUGAUUUCGAUCAUCCACCCAUCCAUCGCUCGCCCGACCGGGGAUUUUUCAAGGAGAUUUUGAACAAUAGGUUUGUGCUCUGUUGUGCUCUGUUUGCCAGUCUGGGAGGCAUACUGUUUGGGUAUGAUCAAGGAGUAAUUUCAGUGACGUUGGUUAUGGACCAUUUCAAUUCUCGAUUUCCUCAAAUAGACCGGCGUGUUUCGGGUGAUGGAUCGGCCAGUUUCUGGAAAGGUUUCCUUACCGCGAUGAUUGAGCUGGGAGCCGUCCUAGGUGUCAUGAUAGCAGGUUUCAUCGCGGACAAGUACGGUCGGAAAAGUGCGAUCAAAACCGGCUCCUUAUUUUUCAUCGUCGGAUCAAUCGUUCAAACCUCUGCGCUAGAUUUGAGCAUGCUCCUGAUCGGUCGGUUUGUCGGAGGGAUAGGAAUCGGGAUCUUAUCUAUGGCAUGUCCUAUGUAUAUGGGCGAAAUCAGCCCCAACAACAUUAGAGGUGCUUUGCUCUGUUUAGAGGAAUUCAACAUUGUCCUGGGUAUCGUUGUGGCCUUUUGGAUCACGUACAUGACCCGAUUGAUCGAAAGCGAAGUUUCUUGGAGAUUACCAUUCGGGAUCCAAUUACUACCAGCGAUCAUCAUUUUAUUGGGUCUUUCACUUCUACCAUCGUCUCCCUCGUGGCUUGCAAGCCAUCGCCGAUACGAUGAAUGUCUCAGGACGCUUUCGACACUGAGACAGUUGCCGAUAGACGAUGAAUCUGUCAGACAGGAGUGGAUCGAUAUCCGGGUCGAGGCGGAAUUUCAACGAGAGCUUCAUUUGGCUCGGUUUGGCGAACUUCCAGAACAAGCUUGGUCUCAAUUCAAAAUCGAAUUCCGGAAGUGGGGAGACACAUUCUCCAAGGGCUGUCGUCGUAGGACCCUUGUUGGAGUUGGCCUUUCUUUCUUCCAACAAUUUGUUGGAAUAAACGCUCUGAUUUACUACUCCCCAACUCUUUUCGAAACACUCGGAUUAGACGAAGAGCUGAGGCUAAAGAUGAGUGGGAUCAUGAACAUGUGUCAAUUAGUGGGUGUGACAAUCUCGUUUCUGUUCAUCGACAAGGUCGGAAGACGGCCGUUGUUAUUGCUAGGAAGCUUGAUGAUGACUAUCUGUCAUCUCAGUGUGGCCAUCUUGAUUCGACAGUACAGUGCUGAUUGGGCUCAACACACAUCAGCUGGAUGGGCGGGUGUUGGCUUUCUGCUUCUUUACAUGGUGGUCUUUGGAGUCAGCUGGGGGCCUAUCCCAUGGGCAAUGCCUUCGGAAAUUUUCCCCUCUUCUCUUCGUGCUAAAGGCGUCGCCGUUAGCACUAUGUCAAAUUGGAUCAAUAACUUUAUCAUUGGCCUUAUCACACCUCCACUAAUUGAAAAGACUAAUGAAGGCGCCUUCAUCUUUUUCGCAAUCAAUUCAUUAUUGUCAUGGGUCUUCGUUUGGCUAGUUGUGCCGGAAACCGCCUAUCGAUCUUUGGAAGAAAUGGAUCAAGUGUUUGGUGACCAAUUAGCAGUCGAAGACCAACUCAAAAAAUCUCAAAUCUUCCAGAAAAUCACCGCAGAGGAACUUUAAUUUUGUUUUGCGUCCUUUUAGACUCACCAUCUUCCCUCUUGCAUUUUUUUCUUCACUCAACAAUCUUAGCAGCACUGGUCUCUGAUUUCUCCGUCCAUUCUGCUUCACUUUUUUAUCAU